UUAUAAACAAACAGUAUCAUUUGGUUUUAUUUUUGUUUACAAAUCGGACGUAUCGUAAUCGCGAGUGAUUGUUUUAUUACACAAUGGAUAUUAUCUGCAAAGGUGAUGAAAUACAAAGUGGAUGGCAGGAAAUUUACACAGAUUUUGACAGUUGGAUAUGUAAAUAUAAUAAAUAUAUUUACAGAAGAUCUUCACAAUUCUUGAAACGGAAAAUCCAAGAAGAUGUUCCAAAAUCAAAUUUUGAAAUCAACGCAACGUCAGACAGAAAAUUAAUUUCCGUUGAAGAUUUAUUUGUAGAAGGUUUAGUAUUUAGAAAAUUAAAUUUAAUAAAUACAAGCUCAGAUUGUUUUGAAAAAGAUCUGCGUAAUUUUUUAAAUGUUAUCAAAGAUGGCGACGGUUUUGUAAAUUACGAUUAUGUAUUAACAAAGUUAAUGAAUGGCGGACGAGAGUAUUUUUACCAAUAUAUGAAAUCAAAACUUUAA